AUGUCGCCCUCCAGGUCUUCCAUUCCUCUCUCCCCCUCUCACGAUCCUCCUCCCAAACCCACCCAGGUAAAGUUCUAUCGUCCUGCCCAAAUGGCUCUCUUUGCCAAACUCGCCACAUACCCUCCUCUUGCCCAAGUCACGGUGAUAUCUCCUACUCGAGAGAAAUUCAACUUCACAGUUGUAUUAGAGUCUUCCAAAUCAUUACCCGAGAGGCCGUGGGAAGUGUCGAUAUGGUACGAUCACGGCAGCUACUCUGGAAGCAGGUCUCCAUGGCGGGCUCUCGACCUUACACUCGUCGACCACACUCCAGCAGUACUUUACGACGAUAGUCAGACUUCAACGUACCGUUACACCUUUUCUGGAGAACUUGGCAGCCCGUACGUAUCCCCUGAUAAGACAUAUAAGGGUCGGCGGGUUCCUUUCACCGUUCGAUACCGAGUAGACCCGAACUCGGAAUGGACGUGGGUGUAUCAUAAUUUUGGCAUCAAAGAUGGUGAACUCAUCCUCCAACCCCCUAUCGAUCCCAACUUCCUCGGAGCGUUCCCUGCCGAAAUCGAGAAAGGUUGGAUAGCCAGGAAAACUGCAAGUGAUGCGCCUGAAGCACGACUAUACACGAUUGAAUCCGCCCACUCCAUCCACGCCCCUGAAGAAGGAAAUGCUCAAUUCGAAUCUCUCGUCCUGGGUCGCGUAACACAAACUAGCAGAUGGUUUGCUUUGGUGAGAAUAUGGGAGGCAUGGUUUGCGCCUCGACACGGCGAAAGUCAACUACACUUAUCUGAGCCGGCCGUGUUACUGUCCUUCUUACGAACCGAUGGCCUGCACGUCGUCUUGCUUGCCGUUAACGGAAUCGAUGAAGUCCUCACCCAGUUCACGUCAAACAGCCACGGUGAAAUCGUGGUAGAGGCCAGGAAUGAUUCCAGGAAACAUCGCAAGUUCAGAGUUCUCGCCGCCUCGGCGUGGAAAUUCGAAAUUGCCAAUGCCGCUGUCAUGUACGAGGCGCGCAAGUUAGUCCGCCAGUCUGCUGCAUACCAGCAGGUGGUCGAACAACUCGAACAAUUACCAAAACACAUCAGAGCCGAAUCCGUUGACUCAGAUACGGUCCUCGUCAACGACACCAAAGAUUCAAGUUCACCGGACGAUCCUACGCUGACUCCACAAUGGUUAGAAUCCUGGUAUGACAGCCUCGCCUACUGUACAUGGAACUCCCUUGGGCAAGAUCUCAACGCCGACAAGGUCAUGGCGGGAUUGGAUUCUCUUGCCAAACACGAUAUUCGUAUCGGAACGCUCAUCAUUGAUGACAACUGGCAAUCACUCGAUGGGACUCAGGGAGAAACAAACCAAUUUCACCGCGGCUGGAAAGCGUUUGAAGCAAACCCUCUCGGCUUCCCGGAUGGUCUGAAAGUAACUGUUACCAAAAUCCGCGAAUCAUACCCGUCAAUCCGUGACAUUGCAGUUUGGCAUGCCUUGAUGGGCUACUGGGGAUGUAUCUCUCCCGAAGGCGAAAUUGCAAAGACCUACAAAACCGUUGAAGUCAAGUUUCGUGACGGAACUCCGAUGGCGGGUCGAAAACUUGCCAUCCAUCCAGAUGAUAUUCACAAACUGUACGAUGACUUCUAUCGAUUCCUAUCCAACGCCGGCGUGACUGGUGUGAAAACCGACGUGCAAUUCGCGCUCGACCUCCUCGCCGAUACACCUCAUCGACAAUCACUCACCAACACUUACCAAUCAGCCUGGACUCAAGCCCACCUACGCCAUCUUACAGGAAAAAGCAUCUCCUGCAUGUCGAUGAUACCCCAGAUCCUCUUUCACAGCUUUCUUCCGACAACGACUCCUAGAAUUCUGCUUCGAAAUAGUGAUGACUUUUUUCCUGACGUGCCCACCUCGCACACAUGGCAUGUCUUCGUCAAUGCUCAUAAUGCCCUCUUCGUACAGCACCUCAAUGUUUUACCGGACUGGGACAUGUUUCAAUCAAGCCAUCCCUAUAGUGGGUUCCACGCCGCUGCGCGCUGCUUAUCAGGUGGACCGAUUUAUAUCACCGACACUCCAGGCGAACAUGACGUAGAUUUGAUCCGUCAAAUGACUGCUCUGAACCCGAGAGGACAGACAGUCAUUCUUCGUCCCAGCGGCAUUGGCAAGACGAUGGGCGUGUAUGACAAAUACGACGAAAGAGGCGUGCUCAAGAUCGGAGUCUACGAUGGUAAAUCGGACGUGGGGACCGGGAUGCUUGGUGUUUUCAACAUUGCAGAGUCAGAGAUCAGCUUUAUACUACCCAUCACAAAAUUUCCUGGAGUGAAUGCGCCUGCUUCAACGACAAACAGCUCGGGAAUUUCGAAACAGAAAUGGAUCGUUCGCUCACACAUGUCUCAACGUAUCACUUCACCCAUCCACCCCUCCGAUCCCAUCCGGCCAGACAGUCUGCUUCAAUGCACCCUUCCCAUACGCGGGUACGACGUCUGGUCAGCUCUACCAGUACACACUUUCCAUCUUUCCAAAUCUAAUCCCAGCCUCGACCUGGCGGUCAUUGGCCUCCUUGGUAAAUUCACCGGCGCAUGCGCCAUUGUUGAAUCGAGUUUCAACUUCGCCGAACCCAAGUCCGACGCACAAGCACAAUCAGGGUCUCGACUGAAAAUCCAUAUCCAAUUGAAGUCGCUUGGCGUGCUCGGUAUUUGGCUUGCGGAUGUUCAAUCAAGUUCUCGAAAAGUUGAAGAUGUCAUGGUCCUUAUCCAGGGAAAACCUGUUCCACAGUCCCUGGUGAAAUUCAAUACAGAUGGCGCCCCUGAUGAGAGUGGAGUUCUCGAAAUUGAUGUCGACACUGCCUGGAACAAGAUGGGAUUGGAUGCUGGUUGGAAUAACGAAGUUGGAGUCGAUGUGUUCUUGAAGUAA